AUGGAGGUGCAGCGCAGCACCGUGGAGGCUUCUGGUUCGAGCCGGCAUUGGACCUACACUUACUCUGUCCCGCUUUGGCAGGCCAACAAGGCGAAGCUCCAGGAUGUGUCCGAGCCUGCGUGCCAAGCUGCUCUCGAGAUGUCAACACCACUGGCCUGUGCUGACAGCAUAACGUCCGAGGAUCCGUCGCCAGUUCGCCCAAGCCUCGAGCCGAGCGCAGGCCCAUGGGACGAGGGCAGGAAUGUGCUGGAGAAGCGUGAGGGAGGAGAGCUGGAGACGCUCAAGGACCAGACCGAGAGGGCCCUGGAAGCAUCCAAGAAGGGCACUCACCGGUCGGAGGACUUGGCGCGACAGCUACAUCAGCUUCAAGAGGACCUGGGCUCCUCGCUUCGCGAGCGCAACCAGCUUCAUGAAGCGGUGGAGCGACUGACGGUGCAGUUCCGGGAAGACGUCUUCAGCCAGUCGCAGCGCCACGUGGAGCUCGAGGGUCUGCUCGAGGACCGGAACAACGAGAUCAAGCUCCUCAUGUACAGACUACAGGAGCUUUCGUCGAGGUAUGUGCCAGUGAAGGCGGAUGCCACAGACAUGGUUCUGUCGAGGUGGAUCAACGGCUACCGGCCGGCGGUUCCCUUCUUCCGCCUGGCACAGGGCCUCUACCUCUUCGGUCGGCGGCAGGUUGUAUGCAAAAUUUCGAACGACAAGCCGGUCUUCCGCAUCGGUGGAGGCUUUAUAGGAUUCGAAAAGUUCCUGGAGCAGUUUGCGGCGGAGGAGCUUGAGCGACUGUUGACAUACGAGUUGGAUGAGAAGACCGGGGAGCCCAAGUUCCUGCUGGUUCGCCCUGCCCCACUGCGCAUAUCGAAGGGCCCCCCCCCAAAGUUCUCCGAAAUGAAAACCUCUUGUGGGAGGCGAGGCAGCUCUUGGAGGAGUCUGGCGUUGUGGAGGCACUGA